AUGCUUAGAUCUGCUCAAUCCUCCAGACUGGCUGUAUCUUCCUUCCUCAGAAAAACCCUCCCAAUGACUCUUAGACAAAACCACACCGCCUCUGCCCUCCCCAAGGGUUAUGUUGAGGAUAUCUCAAAGGGCCCUAUGCUCCGCUACCAGGAAUCCCUUCCUAAACUCCCAGUCCCCACCCUCGAAGAGACUGCUGCUAAAUACCUUCGCUCUGUCGUCCCCCUUACCACCCCAGACGAGUACGCUCGCACUGAGGCCGCCGUCAAGGACUUUAUUAAGCCAGGCGGUGCCGGUCAGGCCCUCCAGAAGAAGCUUGAGGCCAAGGCUGCUGACCCUAAUGUCAAGAAUUGGCUUUACGAAUGGUGGAAUGAUGCCGCUUACCUCACCUACAGAGACCCCGUCGUCCCCUACGUCUCUUACUUUUACUCCCACAAGGACGAUAAGCUGCGCAAGAACCCAGCCACCCGUGCUGCCGCCAUCACUACUGCAGCUCUUUCCUUCAAGGCCCAGGUCGACUCCAAGACCCUCGAACCUGAGUACAUGAAGAAGCUCCCCCUCUGCAUGGAUUCAUACAAGUUCAUGUUUAACAACUGCCGUAUCCCCGUCCCUGGCCGUGAUGAUAACCUUACCUACAACCCAGCCCUUUACAAGCACAUUCUCGUCAUUCGCAAGAAUAGAUUCUUCAAGGUUCUCCAUGAGGUCAAUGGCAAGCAACUCUCCACUGCAGAGCUUGAGGAACAGUUCAACCAGAUCUUUAAGGCUACUGAGGGCCAGCCCAAGGGUACCCCCAUUGGUGCCCUUACCUCUGAAAACCGUGAUAAGUGGGCCACCUUCAGAGACUACCUUAUCAGCGCUGACCCCGUCCGCAACAAGGCCUCCCUCGAGGCUAUCGAGUCUGCUUCCUUUGUUGUUGCUCUCGAUGACGCUGCCCCCCUUACCCGUGAGGAGCGUGCUCACCAGUACUGGCACGGUGACGGCCAAAACAGAUGGUUCGACAAGCCCCUCCAGUUCAUUGUUUGCGACAAUGGUGUCUCUGGCUUCAUUGGUGAGCACUCCAUGAUGGAUGGUACCCCCACCCACCGUCUCAAUGACUACGUUAAUGACGUUAUCUUCAACAACAAGGUUGACCACGGUGCCCCUGCUUCCCAGAACCGUACUGACCUCCCUGCCCCUGAGGAAGUCAUCUUUACUAUCAACACUGAAGUCAAGGACUCGGUUGCCACCGCUGUUGCUGACUUUGAGAACGUCAUUGGCCAGCACGAGCUUGCCGUUUUUGCCUACAAGGGCUACGGUAAGGGCCUCAUCAAGAAGUUCAAGUCUUCCCCCGAUGCCUUUGUCCAGAUGCUCAUCCAGCUCGGUUACUACAAGGCCUUUGGUGUCUGCAGACCUACCUACGAGUCUGCCGCCACCCGCCGCUUCCAGCUCGGCCGUACCGAGACCUGCCGCUCUGUCUCUGUUGAAUCUCUCAACUUUGUCAAGACCUUUGAGGACGCCAAUGCCACCGCUGCUGAAAAGAUUGCUGCUGCCCGUGCUGCCUUUAAUGCCCACGUUAAGUACAUUAGCGAUGCUUCUGCUGGAAAGGGUGUCGACCGUCACCUCUUUGGUCUCCAGUCUCUUUUGGAGCCUGGUGCUGAGGUUCCUGCCAUCUUCAAGGACCCUACCUUCUCUUACUCCAAGUCUUGGUACCUCUCUACCUCCCAGCUUUCUUCCGAGUUCUUCAAUGGCUACGGAUGGUCUCAGGUCAUUGAUGCCGGCUUUGGUCUUGCUUACAUGAUUAACGAGAACUCUAUCCAGGUCAAUGUUGUUUCUAAGAAGCUUGGUGUCGAGCGUCUUAGAUUCUGCCUUGAGGAGGCUGCCGAUGAGCUCCGUGAGGUCUUCAGCACUGAGCUUGAGUCUAAGCCUAAGCUUUAA